UACGUAUAAUAAUAAGUUCUUAUAUUUAUUUAACUUUUAAUUUUCUUUUUCUGUACAUUAUUUUUUUCAAAAAAAGAUGAUAGGCGUUUGUGCGUGAUUAAGUUCAAAUCUAAAAAAUAAAUUUUAUUAAUAAUUUACAAAGCUGUAUAUUAUUAUCUAAAUAUUUUCCCCUCAUACGUUAUGUUUAAAUUAAUAAAUCAUUAAUGUUUGAUAAUUUAUUUCUAUUAUAAAAAUUAUUUUUAUUUAAUUUAUUUUUGAUUAAUAUUAUUGUAAUAUUAAUUGAAAAACCUUUUAAUUAAAUACUAUAUUAUUAUUUAAUUUUGAUUAAUCAAAUAAUUAUGCAGUGUUAACUGCAAAAUUAUUCAACACUGAAAGGUUUAGAUGACAUAUAGAGGGCUGAAAUCUGACUAUAAAGUGAAAAAAAAUAAGUGAUCAUUCUAUAUAUAGCAAAGAAAAUUAGUACUACAAUCAUUUUUACUAACUCAUUUGAAUAAAAAUCAAUCUUUGGCUACAUUAAAAUAUUUCAUCUCUGUGUCUUUUUUUUAAAUUUAUUUCUCAUUUCACUGUUAGGAUUUGAAUGAUUAAUUACCUAUGCUAGAUUAUUAUACUAUUAUACAUAUUCACUUAACACAAGUCUUACAAAAAAAACAAAAACAUUUUUUCUAAAUGUACUGCACAAUUUAAACAGGUUUUCCCAGGACUCAUUGUUAUUAUGCAUGAAUCAUCAUGCCUACUUAUAGUAUUUCUCUAUGGAUUUAAAAUCUUAAGGCAACAUUAAUAUAGGUAUAAUGUAUAAACCAGAAUUUGAAGUAUUUUUUUUUUAAUUUUACUACUAUUAUUUAUCUCCUAUAUGUUUAUUGACUUUAGUUAUUUUUGUUUUUGAUAUAUAAAAUUUGGUUGUCGUAGAAAAUAUUUUGUUUAAUUUUAUGUCUUUUGUAAAAUAUCAAAUUUAACAUAAACUUGAUAUUGUAUAAUAAAAAUGUCUUGUAAUCAAGAUGAUGAAUGGGAAUAUGUACCUGUUGAAACAGCUGAUGAAAUUAUGUUGUGUGGAGAUGUGAUUGAAAGUAAAAGUCUGAGAAAUUGGAAUAGAUGGCUUAAAAUAAGAAAACAACAGCAUAAAUACCUUGGUUUAAUGGUAUGUCGUAGUUCUGCAUCGUUGUUAAUGAAUAAGUCUGAUCAAUUCAGAUCAAAAGUUGAAUGUAAAUGGCUGGUUGAUGUAGCACUCAAGUUAAAAGCCAAUAAUGAAUAUUGUGCUGAUUUUCCUUAUUCUAUCACUAAAGAAAUAAAAAAUUUUUCAAGUAUAUAUAUACCAGAUGUAAUACGUACUGAAAAAGGAUUAUCGGGCAUAAAGAAAGAUGCUCGCUUUGAUUUGCAAACACCUAAUAAAGUGUUGCUUUAUAAUGAAUUAAAUACUUUAAAAAGUUUAAUACCUUUUAAAAGUUCUGAGAAAUUAGCUAUUAUUGGGGAAAAUAUUCUUAAAAAAGCUAUGAAGCACAAAUUUGAUUAUAAAGGUACUAUUCCAUCAGUUUAUGUUGAGUCUGCUCUUAAAAAAAACAAGUGUAAUAUUGCACUUGUUUAUGUUAGAGUAAAUGAUUAUAUAAUACAAUCAAUUAAUGACAGCACUAUUUGUACGACAACUGAGUUAAAAACAAAACCAAAAAUAAUUAAUAUUGUAAAAAUAAAUGAAGAUUCUUGGGAUGAGAUAAUAAUAGAAAACUGUGGUCAAAUAAGUGUCAACUAUAAAUGGAUAAAAGAAGAAUAUACCGCUACAAAAUAUGAUUGUUUUUUAAAACAAAAACAAAAAAAGUGUUUUUUUUUUGACACCAGGACUUAUACCUUGGGUCCCGGUCAAAUUAAACAUUUAACUGUUUUAUUCAGACCUACACGAACUGGACCUCACAGAGAAAUAUGGUUUUUGCAAUUAAAUAUUUUGAGGAAAUUAGAUCAUAUAGCUAGGAUCAGUGUACCUCUACAAGGAUGUGCUAUUUCCAAUGUUAACAACAUAUCAUCUAUAGUACAAUUGCAAAAUACUAUAUUAUCUGAAAAAUGCAAUGGAUUACUUACUAAAUCAACAAGUAAAGAUCAUCAAAAUGCAUUUUUAGAAGACAAGUCGUCUUUUAUUGAAAAAUAUCAUUACCAUGACGAAAAAAUGACAAAUCUUUACCAUAUAUUACAAACAGAGAAUUCUAAAAGUAUUGAAGAACUUUUAUACCAGUGUAUGCAACUAAAACAAUCACUUAAAGAAAAAUGCUUAAAUUUAAUUAGUCAAACAGCUGUUGUAUUGCUAAAAAAAGAAAUUGUUUUUGAACAUUGUCAAAUGAAUCAUCACGAAUUAAACGCACAUAAAAUCAUGUAUAUAACAAUGGAUUGUAUAAAUUUGAUAAUGAGUACUUACGAAUUUGAUCAUGAUGAAGUUUGUCAAGAAAUGUAUACAAUUUCUGCUGAAAUUCAACCAAAAUUAGUAAUAAACGAUUCAGAUAAUGAUGAAAUAUCUGCAGUUGAUAUCACUACGAAGCAAAAAUCUGAAUAUGCUACAAUAAGCGAAGAAUGGAUUGAAAUGAUCAAACCUAUGAUCAAGAAACGGUUAGAAUGGGCUAUAGAAAGAAUAUUAGACUAUGAUAUUUUGUGGACAGAAUGUAUACAUGAAAAUUCUAAUGAGACUAUUAAGGAUGAACAUAAAACAGGAAUACUAGGGAUAGAAUCUUAUGAACAUAAAGAAUGUAGUCUUUCACUUGUCUACGUAAUGGUUGUAAAAUUGGCCAUGAACGAAUUUAGUGAACGGUAUAUUUUUUAA